AUGGAUGACCUCUACAUCGGAGACAUCUCCAUGAGUCAAUAUUCCGACGACAGCGAAUGCAGCGCGUUUUCCAGCGGCCUCAGUUUUGAAAUGAGCUUUAAAAUCAUGAAGGAAUAUGAGAACGGCAGAUUGCAUGUCCAGGUGAUUGGUCCCACGGGAGAGUCCUACACCUUUCCGAAAGCCGAGUUCUGUUCCAUGGUGGAACCGGAGCAUCUUGGUCUACCAGAGUGCUAUGACUCCAUGGUGUUGGUUCCGACCUCUUAG